UCGUGGCAUCAGUGUCAACGGGGCGCUGUCUCGGCGGUGAUUAGCAGCAGCAACAGCAGCAGCAAGCGGCGGUAGCUUCGCGUUUUAAAAAAACAUCAACAAUCGCAGCGGAUCGCAAGCCAUGGCCGACCCCAAGUACGCGAACCUCCCAGGAAUCGCCCUCAACGAGCCGGAUGUGUUCGAGACGACAGAUUUACCCGAGGACGACCAAGCACAGUUUGAGUCCGAGGAGCUGAACAGCGUGAGCGUGGAGCGCAUCGUCGUGAGUCCCAACGCGGCGUUCGACGAGUUCAAGGAAAAGCACGUCUCCUCGAAGGACACGGAUUUUUCCGAUAGGAUAAGCAAGGGACGCAGAACUGGAUAUGAGGCCGGGGAUUAUGAAAUGCUAGAGGAUGGAAGCAAGGCCAAGGAGACGCCACAGCAGUGGUACCAGCGUCUGCAGCACGAGAUCCGAGAGCUGGCUGAGGAGGUGCAGUCAGUACAGACGCUGGCACAAGACACGGAUAAGGAGGACAAGCUGAGCCCCGUGGUGCUGUCGGAGCAGGUCUCUGGGCUCCGGCAGCAGCUGGCCUCGCUGCAGCUAGAGCGAUCGCUAGGCCCCCAUGCCUCCCUUGACCUGGCCGACCCCCACGGAGCGCUCGCCAAGCGGCUGCUGACUCAGCUGGACACGCUGAAGAGCGGGCGUCCUGACGGUGCCGAGUCCAAGGGCUCUGGCAAGGCUGGCGGGGACGGCGCCAUCAUCACAUACGAGCUGCUCUACCGGCCUGAGCACGACAAGUUCCAGCACGUGGCCAAGGCGGCCGACAUGGAGAAGAGGCUGAGCGAGCUAGAGGCGGUGGUUGGGAAGGCUCCAGACAAGCCGAAUCCCAUCGCUGUUGGCUUGCAGAGUUCAACUGUCAUGGGGGCCUUGGAGCUCAUGCAGCUGAGGUUGGGAGUCUUGGACCCGGCCAACCUGGACCAAAUCGAGGCUCGGCUGCAGGGCGUGCUGGGAAAGUUGAACGAGGUGACCAAACAGAAGGAUUACGCAGAGGAGGCUGAGACCCAGAGCAAGGUGACUAAGCUAUACGAGAUGAUGGAACGGUGGGACUCUGUGGCAGACGCUCUGCCCCGUGUUGCGGAGCGGCUCCGUGCACUCAAAGAGCUCCAUGAGCAAGCAAUGCAGUUCGGGCAACUGCUGAGUCACCUGGAGUCAACCCAGCACAUGAUCUCGAGCUCCGUGCAGACCAACUCCUCGCUGCUGACCCAGCUCAACAAGACGAUGAAGGACAACGCCGGUUCCAUCGAGAAGAACUUCACGGGCCUCGAGUCGAGGAUGCGCUCGCUGUGCGAGUGAGACUCGUACGCUCCUCCCUUCUCUUCCGCCCGCCCAGCCUCGCUCGUCCGUGUGCCCGCACCUUUUUGUUCGCCCGCCCUCACUUUGUCUGCUCGCCGAUAUAACUGUCCUUCCGGCCCCGCUCGAGCAGUGGCGGAUUGUGGCACCAGGUUGAGGAGACGACAAACUUCCGUCUUCAGUUUUGAACGUCUCAGGUCACGUGCAUAUAUGGAUUUGUUGAGUAACAGGUAGGUAUGUGGUGAUUCCCACCCCCCCCCCCACCACUACCCCCCCCCAGCAAGUCAAUGAACUGUUGGAAUUAACGAUGUCCAUUUCGACAUUGGCAUUUAGCUCCUGAACGUAUUGCCAUACGAAAGUGUAGAUUGAAUUGUUUCGACUUCGCUUUGCGAUUUAAUUUUAAAAUCCCUAUCGUAAAAAUUUUCGUUUGUAUCAUUUUCAUUGCACCAUUGCCUAAAAGUAACAUGAAUAUAUAAUCUCCUUAAAUUGCUAAUAAUUGUUUAUGAUGCAUGUAUCAUUACAUUGAGGAUACAUUUGAAACGAUGGAUACAUGCAUUAUUUGCUAAAUAACUGAAAUUUGAAGGCAGUGGCUUCAUCAUCACCAUCACCAUCAGCACUUUCUCCACCAGAUGACCACACUUGGCCCAUGCCAUUCCCAGGAGAACUGGCCAGAUAGGAGCCCAGCACCUGUGCAUCGCCAUCAUCAUCAUCAUCAUCGUGCAUUACCUUUGUAUUCCAAUCAUCAGUAAUUCCAUUUUUGCAACAACAAUUGAGACUGGGACACACACGAGGUGGAGUUUGUGGCCUCGUCGAAUUUUGGCGCGACCCUCUGCUACUGCCUCCCACCCGUUGCAAGUUGGCGUCCCAGAGUCCCAAGCCAGACUUGCACUGCCACGCUCGCGGGCGUCAAUUAUUGAUUCACGUUUGAUUGCAAAUAUUUCCUCUUAUUAAAGUGUGCUGUCGUUAGCAUGAAACCAAUACUGUAUAUUAAAAAGUACUUUUGACAUAAUAUCCGUCAAUUAAUGUCGAGGGUGUAAUUGCAGUGAAGGAAAGAAACAAUGAGGCACCAUUUUGCAGAAAUGCACCUAGAAAAAAUUUGCAUCACACAGAGCGAUAUUUAAACACAUUUACAUGUGGACAGCCGUGUAGAGAGUCCUAACUCGCAUUACCUCAUGGAACACGAAGUCGUUUAUAGCUAUUUUCCAAUCGACAACCAAGCUGCAACUGUGCCAUGCCGAGCCAGCCUGGCACAGUUUAGGAGGCACCAGAUUUUUCCACUGCAGAAGGCAAGCCAUGCCACUGAUGUCACCAAGAACUUGUCAUUCGCUUCACCCCUGGCAGUGUUUGACCCCAAACCAGAUUAAGAUGUGAGGAUGGUAUAUCGGGUUGCUUCUGGCUUGGCACAGAAGAUAGUGACAUUUCACCUGUUAUGUUCGGGCUUUGUGCUGGCUCAUGUCGGAUGUUGCUGCUGGAAAAGGGGUAUCAGUGGUUGAAACGUAAUUUCAGGAGGUGGCUUUCAGACAGACGAGCUUACUCGUGGCUCCAUCUUGGCCUAUUAGGAAAGGUGUUUUAUAUUUUAAUGUCAAAUGUUGCAGCAGCUUUUAUCAUGUCAGACAGACAUCUCAACAACCAGAAAUCCAUGCUGUUGAAUCCCUGCCUCAGUUGAAGUACAGGCUGCAAGACCUUCCGCUUUUACUACGCUCCCCAGUGUGGUGACGUAUGAUCAAUUAACCCCCAUGAUUAAAAAUGGGAAGGUCAUCCAGCCAUGUGGAUUGAUAAAGGGCUGUACAUUGUUAUUGUUGGUCUAAAUUAUAUACAGUGUGCUCACUGUGUACAGUGUCUUGAGAUGCAGUCACAAUUAGACCCCGAUAUGAAUCCAAAUUGUAUCUAAACCACUGUGCUGUCCACACGCUUCGGCUUGUCAGCGAAAUAAAAAAACACUAUGUACUUUA